AGCUGCUCUUAGUGAAAUUGAGUUAAUCGCAACAACAACUGACUGCUGGACGGCAUACCGUCGCGGUUUCAUUGGUGUCACUGCACACUGGUUUAACCCCCAGACCAUGCAGAGGUCCUGUGCUGCCCUGGCAUGCAAACACCUUAAAGGGUCACAUACAUUUUCUGCUCUGGCUGGUGCCCUAAAUGAUAUUCACACAGAAUACAACAAUCAGAGAGAAUAUUGUUCGCACUACCACUGACAACGGAUCAAACUUCCUGAAAGCCUUCAGAGUUUAUGGGCAGACUGAAGAGAACAAUAAUCCUGAACCGGUAGGAGAGGGUGAUGGAGAAGAGCAUGAUGGUGGCCAAAAUGAUGACGAUGAAGAAGAGGAAAGCUUUGAAGGUGUUGAAUUUGUUGAUACCGGAGCCCUGUUGGACGAAGAUGACUACUUGGAAUACCAGCUGCCCAAGCACCAUCGCUGCGCCUGCCACCUCCUCAAUUUAGUGUCCACAGUUGAUGCUUCAAAAGCAGAGGUCACCUCAUUGUAUAAUCGUGUGUCAAGGUCCACAUUUGCCAAAUGCUCUAGCCUGUGGAACAAAAGUUCAAGAUCAACCAUCGCAUGUGAAGUAAUUGAAGACCAUUGCAAACUCCAACUCAUAAGGCCUGUUGCUACGAGGUGGAAUUCACUCUUCUCAGCAGUAGAAAGAAUAGUGCGAAUAACAAAAGAACAAGGUGAAGGAGCCCUUGCAGCUGUCUGCAGUGAACUAGAUACACCUAAGUUUACUCCAGUGGAACUUGCAUUUCUUGCAGAGUAUGCAAAGACAAUGAGCCCAGUUGCAAAGGCACUUGAUGUUCUCCAGGGAGAAACCAGUGUGCAGAUGGGAUGGUUGGUCCCCACCAUAACUCUCCUAAGGACCAAGCUCCAGCACCUUCAAGUCACCUCCAAGUUCUGUGAGCCUUUGAUCGCUGCAGUUGUUUCAGGCCUUGAAAAACGUUUCGGAGAGAUGCUUGCAGAUCCAGAGCUGAUAGCCGCAGCCAUUCUAGUUCCCAAAUUUAAGACCUGCUGGACAAGUGACGAAAAUAUACUCAAACUUGGUCUUGACUAUAUCAGAAGCCACUUGGACUGUCAUGCCGAGAAUCAAGUCAGCGAAGGCUCCCCGUCCUCUGAGGAAGAGGACUUCUUUUCCUCCUUGAAGAAGACGAAACGACCCAGCAGUUGGAUGCGUACCUGGGGUGCCCCGGAGACACGGUAG